AUGGUGAUGCAGAUGCUCUUGCGGUUGAGCGGGUGUUGUCAUGGUUUUGGCUCCGAAGCCUGGAAGAGGAACAGCAGACGCGUCUUCGGCUCUUGUGAAGUUUUGAUUUUCCUGCCGUACCUCCCUCGAAGCCAUCCAUUCCUUUGUCACUGGAGCAUGUCUAGCCAAGGGUACCAGCUGUCGAUGCCGGAGCAUUUCAGGAUUGGCAUGCUUUGGCAGUGGGAACCUUUAUAUUUCGGGUACUCUACCCGGAAGCGGAUCGACUCGGUUUUUAUUUCCCAUGCGAGAUUCAUGGUUCUCAUGACUAUUGAAUGGUUGCUUCACCACCGAUACAGCAUGUCUGACUCUGUUCUACCCAUUACUUUAUUCAGAUCAGACGGACUGGACAUUUUGCGUUUUACUCAGAAUUAA